CACCGUCGAUCAAAUCUGAAAGCAGCAAAAUCUCCCAGUACCAGUAAGAUUGCCCCAAACCGAGUUAGUGGCUGGCUUCAGCUUCCGCCACUGCAAAGUAAAAUGGAAGACCAACUGAAUUCCCGAGCCCACUACGUCCAAGACAACGACGAUGACGAUCCUCCAACUCUGAGCUCUCAUGCCCUCGCUGCUCUCAGAGAGUUCCUCACCGAGCAAACCAACUCCACCUCUGAGGUUACUCGCGACUCCGCCGGACCCGGAGACUCGUCGUCGCCGGCGCCGGUGGCUCUGGUUUCCGAGGACUGGAGGCUCAGCCAGUUCUGGUACGACCGUCAAACUGCUGAGACGAUAGCUCAGGAGGUCAUCACUCUCUGCCAAAUGGGUUCUUCGGAUUUGGGUUCCAACCCUCCGCGCGUGGCUUGCAUUGCUUGUCCAACUCUCUAUGCCUAUCUUAAGAAUAUUGAUCCUGGAAUAAAUGUGCAACUUCUUGAGUACGACAAUCGUUUUGAGCAAUAUGGGAGUGAUUUCACAUUUUAUGAUUAUAACCAACCAGAAGAGUUGCCAUUGGAAUUGAAACAUGGUUUCCAUGUGAUAGUUGCAGAUCCUCCUUAUCUGAGUAAGGAGUGCUUAGAGAAAGUCGCUCGGACAAUUAGUUUUCUUGCACAAUCUGGGGAGUCUUACUUGCUUCUACUUACAGGAGAGGUGCAGAAAGAUAGAGCUGCUGAGCUCAUGGGUUUAUAUCCUUGUGGUUUUAGGCCUCAACACUCUAACAAACUAGGAAAUGAGUUUCGGCUGUUCACGAACUAUGAUCCCAGGAUGAGAUUAGGAGGGCGAGAGCAAGAGAAAUAGGUCUUCUGUGACUUAUUCCUGGUCAGGACGACUUGGAUGUUCUUACUUGCCUUGAAUGUUAUAAAUGCUAGAAUGAUAACGAGGGAAGCCUUGAUUUUGAAAUACAAGUUAAAAUUCAGGCUGCAUCAAUCAAUGAACCAUCUAUACUAUCCAUUUCUCUAUGCUUCUGUUGUAACUUGCAUCUCUUAAGUUUAUGGAAGGAAAGAAGAACUGGAUCAAAACCUCGAGAACUUGACCUUACAGUUCACGUGGAUCAUGUCGAAGUUUCACUCGCUUAAUGACUGUAUUUAUCUGAUAUUCUUGAUAAGAUUAUUUCAUUUCUAUAUCUUUUUGGUCUUACUCUAUGAUGUGGGGAGAGUUAGUGGGGAGAUUUAUUGCCUCAAGUUAUAUUUGGGUCCAUAGUUUGAUAGCUUAAUUUGAAAAAUGCAAGUUUAACAAGUUUGAGAAUGAUUUCAAGA